CAACAUGAUCCCUCUGCAGACCCUCUGUACCUAGGUACCUACCAGGUAUCUGCUCUUCUGUGCUCUGUAUCUGCUCUGUACCUCCGUAGCGUAGCUAGCACAGCCACAGAUCCAAGCAUCUCUCAGCCCGGGUACCUAGGUACCUAGGUACCUACAGCAUCCACCGCUCUGUGGCUGUAAGUCAGAGAGCUCCGAAAAAAAGUUGACCACGAUUUGGACGACAAUUGCUGCUUGAUUUCUCCCGCCCUGAAGGAGAGAAUCAUAGAGCACCACAGCGCCCAUAAUGACGGUGUCUAGCAGAGGAGGCAGCAUCGCCGCAGCCUUGUUAAAGAGACAAGCAAAUAUAUGUGCCAGCUGUAGAAAUGUUCAAUUACGUCCUUACUCGGCCGUGGUCGAUGCUGCAGCUAUGGCCGAGGCUCAUCACCUCAAACCUACCGAAUCACACCCACAUCCACCCGUCACAGCAUCGCGCCGAGCAGAGUACCGAAUAAGGAGCGGUGCCAUUCUUACGAGAGCACCGCUAAUUACCCGUGCCCUCACUCCCUUCGAAAACGCCUUCUUUUUCUACCAAAAGCGUCUAAAUGAACGAUUAGUGCUACCCUUCAGACACACCCUUUACUUCAAAAAGGACACCGCAGCAGACCUCGACUGGCGGAUCAAAUUCGAGGAGCGCGGAGAAAUCGCGGCUAAAGAGCUAGGCCGCUACUAUGCCCAAGGCCGUAACGCCUGGAACGACGAGCUACUAGUUGGUAGUACCUUGAGCAAUGAGGAGCGUGUGCGCGAAAUCCUGCUUAAAGAUGCCGAGUUGCGUGUGACGGAGGAUGGAGAGGAGGCGCCCCCAGACGAAAUUGUCCCUGUCGAAAGGCCAAUGGACAGAAUCACCGAGGCCGACAAAACAAACGAUAUACGGCGGUUGGACCGCUCUUUGGACCGCACUCUAUACCUAAUCGUCCAACGGACAGAUGGAACGUGGCAUUUCCCAACCGAGGACGUCCCCACGGACGAAAAUUUGCAUGAGACCGCCGCAAGAGCCUUGCAACUAGCAGCCGGCGUCAACAUGAACACAUGGAUGGUGGGACGCGUCCCAGUAGCCCACCUCGUCAAGCACCCCGAAUUCAACGAAGACACAUCGCUGAAGCAGCGCGGCGAAAAGACUUUCUUCCAUAAAGGAAGAAUCAUGGCCGGCCAGGCCGAUUUGAAAGGCAACAAGAUGGGACUAAAAGACUUCAAUUGGUUAACCAAGGAUGAACUUAAGACCAAACUUGAUAGAGAUUAUUUUAAUGCUGUCAAAAAUAUGAUGGCAGACAGGUAGAAGGGGGCAGAGCGUCGGGUGCACAGCGAAUGACCACAGUCUGGGUAUGUUGUCUACUACCCAAUCUAAUGUAUGACCAGUCGGGCAAAUACCUACCAGUGUAUCUAUGUACUGUAUCCUAUCACUGUACUUACGAUUAUCAUAUACGGAUAAAAACAUAAGGGCUUAGGAACAGAUGUUCGGGGCCCAAGGACAUACAUCUUCGGCUAAUUCUGCUUCCAAGCCUCUAUUUGAUACCAUAUUUGGCUCUAGGUAGCCUGUCGUGGCAAGGCACUGUUCUCAUGCUAAAUAUGGAUUCGCGUUCGUUUGCCUCUGCUAAAUCACGCAUGGUUUCCUAGUAUAUAGUCCAAAGGCCCCAAAACGGCUUGUCAUAGAUAGGCCCGUUCCGGUCUAGUCUGGAGAGUUCUAGGACUAUUCAGAAGCUGGCAUAUUUCAGCCGACAACUUUGGAACCAGAGUCAACUUGAACGAGAGUAUAUCCGAAACAGACUGUAGCCCCCAUUCCAAACUACAAUGAUAGCGGAAAGAGUUUCGAAGAUCACUUGAAUUC